AUGGAUCGGUAUCAGAGGAUAGAGAAACCUCGGGAGGAAACGCCAAUUAACGAGAAUGAGAUUCGCAUUACCACUCAGGGCAGGAUCAGGAACUACAUUACCUACGCCACCACUCUGCUUCAGGAGAAAGGAUCUGAUGAAAUUGCUCUCAAAGCCAUGGGCAGAGCUAUCAACAAGACUGUGAUGAUUGCUGAACUUAUUAAGCGAAGGAUUGCUGACCUUCAUCAAAACACAUAUAUUGGCUCUACUGAUAUAACUGACUUGUAUGAGCCGCUGGAAGAAGGCCUCGAUCCUGUAGAAACUACUCGCCAUGUAUCAGUGAUUACAAUUACUUUGUCCAAGAAAGAAUUGGAUGGAUCCUCUACAGGAUAUCAGGCACCGAUUCCAGCAGAUCAAGUGAAACCAUGGACUGAAUAUGGUUAUGAAGGAGAGGGCUCUCCUAGUAUGCGAGGUAGAGGACGCGGUCGAGGAAGGGGUAGAGCCAGAGGGAAUGUCAGCAAUGGAGUAGUAGAAUACAAUGGUGAUGGUGGCUUUGAUGGUGGGCGUGGCUAUGGUGUCUUUGAUGGUGGGCGCGGCUAUGGUGGCUUUGAUGGUGGGCGCGGCUAUGGUGGCAGGGGUCGAGGUCGUGGAAGAAUCCGUGGUUAUCGUGGACGUGGACGAGGAUAUGGUGGUGGAAGUAUGCAGCUGGAAUCAGGUGGUUAUAAUGCUUAUAAUGAUUAUGGAGGUGGGGCACCUCCUACACAAGGUCGUGGACGAGGGCGUGGCCGAGGCAGGGCAAGAGGUCGUGGGCGUGGUCAGGGUUUCCGAGUUGAUGGACCUCCUACUCCUACCCAGGCUGCUCCCUGA